GGAGGAAGUAAUUGCCAAUUCAAUUCAUCGUUUGGCGGCGGAAGCUUGACGUGUGACUGGGUUGCCGAAGCGCAUUAACAAUAUUCUGUACUGCGCUAUCAGACGAACUGCUUUAGCGAUCGCCAGCCAAGACAACAACCAUAACUUGAUGGUAAUGCAGUGAGCAAUGUCUUUGGACGACGGUUGCCAUUUAAGAUAGCAAACUGUUGGCAUUUAUUGCAAAGUGGCAAUAUCGCAGUUGCUCAGUUUUACAUGCCACAUGACUUGCGACAAAAUGGCAACUAUGCGAGACUGUUUUCAGUGGCAUCCAUGGCGAUUUGUCGCAAAUCACAAACAGCUGUUGAUUCAUAACACGCAUUUGGGAUUUUUUUACAAUAAAAAUGAAAGAGAAAAAACGCGCGCGCAUAAACGGCACUUUUCGCUGGAGAGAACAGCAAACGAUAGACUUGCUUACGAUUGUCGCGGACAAGGUGAAGGAUAAUCCAGACCUAUUUGAGAAACCAACUGCACAAAAAUUUUACGAACGGAUUGCGGAAAGCGCGCCAAACUUAAAACACAUAAAAUGGGAUAUUAUGCGCACCAAAAUGCGGCAUCUCAAAACUAGUUUUAUAUCCGCACUCAAGUGGAAAGAGCAGCAUGACGCAGGCUUACUUGAGAAUGGCGAUGUUAUAGAGUACAUAAAAAGGAUGUGUCCAUUUUACGAUGAGCUGCACGCAAUAUUUCGAGAGCGCAUAAAUAUCCAACCAUCAUUCAUCUUUCAGUCCACAGAGUCUGUAUCAUCGUUGGAGCACAAUGAAGCGGAGCAUAAUGAAACGGAGCUGAGUAUAGCGUUAGACAUGGACGCAACUACUUCGAGCACAUUAGCCAGUGCGACCGAUACACUACCGCAGGCAUCUUCAGAGAAUAUAGUCGAUUCGUCCGCUAUUUUCAAACCGACCAAUGUCACCACACCGAAAAUUUAUUUGAAGAGACCACGCGACAGCUCGAGCUCAUUUGCCUUACUAUACGAAAUUCAGAAGAAUUUAUUAGAAUUAGAAAAACAAAAACUCGAUUUCGAAAAAGAAAAAGAGGCAAACAGUUUCAAAUUACAGAAACUAAGAUUGGAGAAGGAAGAAAGAGUCGAAAUGGAAAAAAUCAGACUGGAACAUGAGCGCUUGAAAAGCUUAAAUAGCUCAUGAGGUGCCAAAAUCUGUUAUAUUCGUAAUAUUAUUUGAUAUGUGAUUGAAAAUGAAAAUGAUUCAAAUUAAAAAAAUAAAUAUUUUGGAUAGUUAUAUCACAAUUUAUAAGUUAAA